AUGGACAAGGCACAGCAAGAAUACGUGAAAACGCUAAAGGUCGGGCACGUCAGACCUAGCGAAGUUCCAUGGCGUCGCCUUGGUCAAUAUCUCUACCGUGUAUUGGAAGAUGGUAGCCAAACGCAGAUGCGAUUGUGUAUGAUUGAAAGCUUGAUCCCGCCCCAUAGCGAUGGACCAGUCUUCCACUGGCAUGAGAUGCACGAUGAAGGCUUCAUUAUCACCAAAGGCAAGAUCAGGUUCCAUGCGUUGGGUGCGGAGCCCAUCGACGCUCAAGCGGGCGACAUCAUCACGGUACCAAUCCGACUGCCGCACAAAUUCAGCAACCCCUUCGACGAGGAAGGAGUGUUUAUUAACACAAUCACACCGGGCUUCUUUGUGCGGUAUUUCGAGCAUCUCGAGGGGUUGAUCGGCGAGGGCAAGACGCUGACUCCUGAGGUGAAUAUGGCUGCGCUCAAGCGCUUCGCAACGAUACCGGUGGAUGAGGAAGCCGUUCACAAGUUGAUUGCGCAGGCGAAAGCCAAUGGCGGCCACGGCGAGGAAAUAGAUCUGUAG